UCAUCAAACUCAAAGAUGGCUGACUGAAUUUGUAAAUACUAAAUAUAAUUGUAUUGAAAUUGAUAAAUCUACUUUGGAGUUUGGAAGUAUGCCUCAAACUGCGACUGACGGAGAUAUUAGUGAAGUUGUUGAUUCCUUUACUUCUUUUUUAAAACAAGGAAAACUCCGAAAUUCAUAUGAUGUUACUUAUCAAACAGCUCAAGUUUUGAGAAAGAUUGUUGCCCACAAGAAAUGGAGCACAGCUGGGGAAUUGAUGGAAGCUGUAAAAUUGGUUGGACAGCAAAUGAUCAGUUCACAACCAAUAGAGGCAACUGUUGGAAACAUUGUUAGAAGAGUUCUGAAAAUCAUACGCGAAGAACAUACAGGAGACAGUGGAAGUCAAUCUGAAGACGGCAAUACGGAGGAAUCGCUUCAUAAACUGUUAUUAGCUCAAAAAGGAUCUGAAGAUUUUAGCAGACCGAGUCAUAACUUGAGGUUCACGGUUAUUGAUUCUGUGAAUGAAUUGAUCACAGAAAUUGAAUCCAGUGCUUAUAACAUCAGCAGCCAAGCUCUUGAACAUAUUCAUUCAAACGAGAUAAUAAUGACCGUUGGAAAGUCAAAUACAGUUCAAGGAUUUUUAAAGAAUGCUGGACGUAAAAGAAAAUUUAGUGUUAUUGUAGCAGAAGGAGCUCCAUUUUUCAAGGGUCACGAGUUGGCAAAAAACUUGGCCGAAGUUGGAAUUGAAACAACAGUCAUCAAUGACUCUGCUGUUUUUGCCAUUAUGUCCAGAGUGAACAAAGUCAUUAUUGGUGCUCAUGCUGUCAUGGCGGAUGGAGGAUUACGUGCUGUCAAUGGUACUUUGCCGGUUGCCUUAGCUGCAAAACAUCAUUCAGUACCGCUUCUCGUGUGUGCAGCAAUGUACAAGUUGACGCCACAGUAUGUUGUCUCCUAUGAUCAGGACAGUCAAAACAAGUUGCUAUCUCCGCACAACAUUAUCAGUUUCUCUGAAGGUGAAAUCAUUGCCAAAGUCCAUGUGGAAAAUCCUGUGUUCGACUAUGUUCCUCCUGACCUAGUAAACCUCUUCAUUUCUAACAUAGGCGGAAAUGCGCCAUCGUAUGUGUAUCGAUUAUUGACUGACGUUUACCAUCCAAAUGAUACUGAUCUCUAACUUCAAUGACUCCAACACGAAGAUCAAGGUAUUUUGUUAAAAGUAACUGCAGUUUCCGAGACUUUGCUGGUUGUUUCUCACGCUGUACAUGCGAAGCUGUCAAACGUGAACAUGUACAAGGAACUACGGACGAAGAUACUGAUCACACGGAGUAAAAUUAAUUUUGUUAUGACAUUGAGCUAAAAUGAGGGACUUUACCUUAAAGUAUAGUUUUCAAAUUAUAUAAUACAAUAUAUAUUCCGUUCAGUCA